AUGGAGAUAAUGGGCUUCAUGUGGGCUCUGAUUGUUAUUAUCAGGGAUACUCCACAUCUCAUCCAAACAGUUCAGCCGCUAUAUCAAUUUAUUAGUCGGUCCAGAGGUUGGAGUGGGGGAGCGGGUGCUGGGAAUGAAAGUCAGUCACAUCUAACACAUCCUCAUAUCAUUUUGAAGAAAGAAAGUCUCGAUGAGUACGAGUGUCCGCACGAAAGAAAGCAUAUCAACGAAUCCGACGUUAAUUACAUUGACAACGAUCUCAACACCGAAAGCCACAGUCGUUAUCGACGUUCAGCCAAAAGUGACGGCCAGGAGAGCAAAGAAGAAGACAAUGCCAUCGACACGAGUCUAACCGUCGAGACGGCGGUCUUCAUCGACGAAACGCUAUAUACACUAAUGAAGCGCACGUUUCCCACGGAUACCGAGCAACAGAUCGUAACCUAUGUCUUGACGAUCAUGAAUGCCGUACAACUGCUCUUCAAACAGCCCUCAUUGGGUCGCACUGUCGACAUCUCAGUCGUUCUCAUGGAUAUACUUAAACAACAGCCCAGAGACUUGGCCUCGUCUGACAAUAUCGACACUUAUUUGACAAACUUCUGCGUUUGGCAGCACAAGAAGCGAUCCACUAGUCGAGGACUAACACCUCGAUGGGAUCACGCUUUACUAUUAUCAGGUAUAAACAUGUAUGUCGUGGACAGUUUGGGCCGUAAGAAGCGACAUGUCGUCGGUUUGGCGCCCGUCAGCGGAAUGUGUAAUUCACUCAAUAGUUGUACGAUAUCUGAAGGAACCAGUUUUCAAACAGUAUUAGUCGCGGGACACGAAAUGGGGAUGGAACACGACGGCACACAAGACGGCAACUCUUGCAAUAACGACAACUUUGUAAUGUCGCCCACUUUGGGGGCCGGGAAGACAACGUGGUCGUCGUGUAGUCGCGAGUAUCUCAAUAAGUUUGUGCGGUCGAGUCAGGCCAGUUGUAUAAUCGGGUCGAGUCAACACAUAAACAUAAUCAAUCAAUUCAUUCCGGUCGACAAACUUCCCGGACAGGCCUUCAAUGCCGACCAACAGUGCGCUCUGCGGUUCGGCGCCGACGCCCGACACUCCUCUAUACAGCCAUUGGAAGAGAUCUGUCGUUUGGUUCGUUGCGACACCGGUUCCGGUCGUAAUGCUAUUGCAUUUCACGCACACCCGGCCCUCGAAGGCACCACUUGUGGCCAUAAAAAGUGGUGUCGAGAGGGGCGUUGCGUUCAUCAAGAGCUUCACAUCAAGAGCUCUGUCUAUCAAUCAGUGAUAUCGACGACUGAAUCUCAGCCCCAAAGCAAAGUGAUUGACGGCGGAUGGAGUGAAUGGUCUCAUUACAGCCCGUGUCGGUCCGAGUGUGUAACUCAUGCCAACAGAAAUCCAAUGGGAGUUAUGGUGUCGAAGAGGAGGUGCGAGAAUCCAAUGCCUUCUAAUGGGGGCAAAGAAUGCGAUGGAAGUGAUAAACGGAUCAAACUAUGCGAUGCCAGUCAGAUAUAUUACAAGAGCUCUUCCACUCUAUUCUCCUAUUCGUACCGAAACAUAGCGGUCGAGGAGUAUAUAAGCGACACGUGUAGGUCUGCGGCCAUCAGGAACACCAAUCUGGAACCCAAAGGCACACAAUAUCCCAGCUAUGAUUCGUCUCAUUCGUGUUACGUUUGGUGCCAUAAGAAGGGCGGCGGUUAUAUGACACAGGGCUGGAAAGUGCCCGACGGGACCCCAUGUGGUCAGGAGAACGGCCGCAAUAAUAACCGAUUCUGUUUCGACGGCGAGUGCCGUCACUUUGAUUGCAAUGGUUUGAGUAAAAGCCACGAAAGCGCCGAACGAUGCACUUCCAGUUCAAGUGAGGCCAACAUUUAG